AACGUGUUUCGUUAGCGCCUUAUGUGAAUUGAAGAACAACACACAGUGCAGCUACAAUGCGUGAUUGACCAAACGUGGCGUAUGUCCCAACGCUGGCUCGUUAAAAAAUAACUACAACAACAAGCACCAUAUAAAUUCAAUUCUAAUUGAAAUUUAUUUAUCAACGCGGUCACAGUCGCAGUCGCUUCGUUUCGCGUAUCGUCUCGUAUAUGUGUGCAUGCAUAUAUACAUAUUUUAGGCACUGCCAGCAAGCGCAAAUGUCACAGUGACGAUUCCCCAUCCGCCUUCACCGGCAGUCUCCCGCCACACCACCCAAAUCCCCCCCACACACACACACCCUUCCCCCGUCAUAUGCUUUAGUGGCUGGUGAAUCUCUUAAUUAACCAAAGAUGGGCCCGCGUUUGGCUUGAUGGAAAAAGCGAGGAGCAAAAAAAUUAAAGAAAAAAUUCAAAUAAUAAAACGCACACAAGAUGUGGUAAAAAUUGAUAGCAAAUAUUAAUUGAUGACAAUAAAUGCGCCUAACACAAUUGAAUCGAACGCAAACGAUCAAUAGUUGUCAGCAGCUGGAGAAGAACGGAUCGAAACGGAGCAUCUGUGAAAAUGGAAGGCGAAAUGAACGAAAUGGACGCGAACAAUGAGAAGAAAGUGCUCUGUGAGAAGAUCAUACGCGACAUAAACGCUGUCUUUCUCAAGGAUGCCGACUUAACCUCAUUUGAGAUUAUACCAAAGGAGACGAAUUGCAAUAAGUCGCCGGUGGUGCAUGUGGAACACAAUCUGGGCCUGGAGUCGUGGUGUGCCCAACAUGUCUACGAUCAUGCCCAUCGCACGCUCAUCUCUCAUCGCCGCCAGACAACACAACAGCAGCUGCGCACCCUGCAGCAGCAGCAGCAGAGCGACUCUCUGGCCAAAUACCUGAAUGUGGCCCUGCUGAUCAAUCCGGAUGUGACGACGUUCUGGCACAUACGCCGUCAGCUGGUGCAAAAGAAUCGCCUCAGCAUCAACAAGGAGCUGCAAUUCUCCGCCCUAGUGCUCUCCAUUAAGCCAAAAUCAAACGAGGCGUUCGCCUAUCGUCGUUGGCUCUACUCCUUUCAGAGCGCCGAUGCCAUUGACUGGCCGCACGAGAUAAGCAUAUGCGAGCGUGCCGCCGAUCGUAGCGCCAGCAACUAUCACGCCUGGUCUCAUCGCCAGUGGGUGCUGCAGAAUGCACCCUGCCUGCUCCAAUCGGAGAUGAUGCGCACGGAGAAGUUUAUGCGCAAGCAUAUUAGCGACUAUAGCAGCUAUCAUUAUCGCCAGGUUCUGCUCAAUCGAGCCUACGAGCUGUGCUUCUAUGGGGCUGACGAGUCGCAGCCACAGUUGGCCAGUUUACGGGAUCUGCUCGCACAGUACGAGUUCAACUGUGACGCGACCGAUGAGACAGUCAAUGAGCCGGGGGAAUCGCUGCUGCAACUGCUGUUGCCCAACCUGAAUCGCAGCGGGAUUAGUGAGCAACGUUUGCGCUCCUUUCUCUACUGUUGCAACGUGGCCGCCAGCGAUAUGCGUCUGUGUGUGGAACAGCGGGCGUUGUAUGGUGGACGCGAUUGCUUCGAGCUGCAUCGGCGCGCCUCGCUCAAGUUCAUCGUGGAGCAGUGUGUGCGCCUGCUUACUGGUCUGGCCAGCGGAUCGGGUCGCUAUCUGCCACCGGCCAGCGGUGCACAGGUGAGCGAGUUACGCAAAUUCGAUUGUGAGUCGCAUCCGUUUCUCGUCGCGGUGCGACGUGUCGAGUUUGAGUUAGGUGACAAGCACAGGCGCUGGUGCAAUAUGCAUCUCAAUUUUGGCCAACAGGAGCAAGCCAGCAACUAAAUUCAAAUCCACUCAAUCCACUUGUUGGUCAAAUGUGCCGUAAGCGCAACGCAACGCACUCAUUGAGGCUGUUUCGUUCUCGAGCAGAAUCGAAGUCAUACAUACAUAUGCAUAUCAUAUAU